CCAAGCUAGGCGGUCGUGGACGAAUAUAGUCCGAUAUAGUGACGAAUUUUUUUAAGAAAAAAUAUUGACCAAUUUUUUUUUAAUUUAAAAUAUUUAAUAAGUUUUUAGAGAAUACAAGCUUUUCAGUUAAAAUAAAUUAGUUCAGAAAAUGACGACUCUACAGAAUGGACACUCGAAGAAGCCAUUGAACGUCGCCAUCGUUGGAGGUGGAUUGGUAGGUUCGUUAGAAGCCUUGUAUCUAGCCAAAAGGGGACACCAUGUCACAGUCUACGAGUAUCGUGAAGAUAUAAGAAAAACUCCUCAAAUAAGAGGCAGAUCGAUCAAUCUGGCCCUCUCUAUCAGAGGCAGGAGGGCUUUGAAGGAUGUAGGCCUUGAAGAACACAUGAUCAAGGAACAUGGGAUACCCAUGGCGGCUAGGAUGAUCCACCGGCUUGAUGGCUCUACCUAUAGCAUACCUUACGAUGCUAGGACUAAUCAGUGCAUCUACUCAGUGGGACGUAACUAUCUGAACAGUUUACUACUAAAAGAAUCAGAGAGUUAUCAAAACGUUGAAAGGAACUUCAAUCAUAAACUAAUCGAAGCAAACCUUAAAAAGGGUUCUCUAACUUUUCUCAACACUUCAACUAAAGAAGAAGUUAGCAUAAACGCAGAUUUGGUCAUUGGGGCUGAUGGUGCGUUCUCAGCAGUCCGCAAAGCGAUGAUGAAGCAGCCACUCUUCGAUUAUAGCCAGAAGUAUAUAGAGCACGGAUAUUUGGAGCUUUGCAUACCAGCUGACGAAAAUGGUGGCUUAUAGCCGAAAAGUAUCCAGCAUCGGAAAAACUGUCACAUGAAUGGAAAAACAGAGCAAGAUAGAAAACAACCAUUUCUUUUACCUUCUUCAUAGUCGAACUCACUGAAACUGUAAACAAAUACGUAUUUUUUAAGUUUUAAAUAAAAAAUUGAAACGGGUCA